GAAUGAAUGUCUCGCGACACCUUCCUUCUGCUUCAGUUCGCAAUCUUUUAAUCUUUUAACGUUGACCUCAUAACCUUAACAGAGUUAUUUUGAAACAAUGGGCCGCGAGGAUGUCAGUCAAGGAUUUUCCUGAAAGUUUAUUAAAAUGUGCAAAAUUCAAACAGUCCUACAUUUCCAAUAAAAAGUCUUGAUUAUGUUUACUGCAAAAAAUUGAUGAACUCCAAACUGGUUUAGCAUAUGAAAGAUUCACCAACAUAGUUAUGUACACAAGUUUUGUUUUUCAAUCAUAUCUUGAACCAUCUGGAUCUCUGUGAAGCUGUGAAAAGGACUAAUAAAUCUCUAUUUAAAGCUUGUAAAAUCCAAACAGCAAGAUACUCCAAAUUUCAAUUAAAAGUCAUGAUUACAUCUAUGAAAAAAACUGAUGACUUCCGCAAAAUUAGUGUUUUUUUUUAAUCCAUUUCCAAAGAAGGAAAUAACAACUCUUGUGAUAAAGAAUCUCGCAGUUUUAAUCUAUCCCCUGAAAGAGAGAUAUUUUUCCCUUUCCCGGUUCCUAAGUGCUAAGUGCAAGUUUUGGAAUGUUUUUGAAAUGAUCUACAGGAACGAAAAGGCUCGGAAAGAUUAGUUAUUAUGUCUAAUAACACGAGUUCGUGUCUUUCCAAGUCUAACUACUAUGGCGAGAUAUGUCAUCUUGAUAUUUUCUUUAGAAUAGUUUUGAUGGCUGCCAUUGUCAUCAUCAGUGUCAUGUCACCCGUGGCUGUGGUUGGAAAUGGUCUGGUCUUUGCAGCGAUUUGGAAAAACCCAUCGCUUCGUAGAGCACCGUCUUACGUUCCACUCGCUGCACUGGCUUUCACUGACUUUUGCACCGGAUUCAUCACAGAACCGUUUCAUGUCACAAAUCUGUUAUUGAUAUUGAAGGAUCCCUCAGUGAUCAUCAAAAACAAAUCUGAUUACUCAAUAAAUUGGAGCUGGCCAACGUACUUUUUGAUAACAAAAGUCAUCGGCGAAGGAUUCUUGGAAUACUUCUUCGCCCUAACUAUUCUACUCGUAACAGUAAUGGCAAUCGAACGCUGGCUGCAGAUGAGUCGCCAGUCUUUAAUGACCGUACGUCGAGCUUGUACAACUGUUGCUGUGUUAUCGCUCUUGCCAAUGUCGGUGGUUCUUUGCUAUUUUCAGUUGAAAAUAAACAUUGCUUAUUUUAUUUCGUAUUUUUCAUUCAUUCAGCUUUGUUUGUUCGUCACUUCAGUAGCUUAUUUUAAAGUUUUCAAGAUAAUUCGUCGCCAUCAACACCAAAUCAGUUUGCAACAGAACUUUGCUCAACCAGCAAUUGACUUUCUGAAGUACAGGAGAUCAGUUUUUUCCAUUUUAUUGAUCUUGCUUAUGUUUUAUUUCAGUUAUUUGCCCAUGGCUAUUCUUUUGAUAAUUAUUUCAAUCCAUUCUGAAAAAGAACCCAGCAUGACUAUAUAUGCAGUUCUUGAGGUAACAGUUGUGCUCGCAUUUUUGUCUUCCUCUCUUAAUCCGCUACUUUACAUGUGGAGAAUAGCAGAUAUACGAAGAGAAGUUCGACAAAUAAUCAAAAGAAUUUUCUGCAAAGAAAGCUGAACUCUGUAAAAUGAUUUUGGCCCGUUAACAGGUCAUAACUGUAAAUUAAAGAAGACCCGAGAGAAUCUUUCAAGAAUGAACAUCAAUUUGACAUUGUCAUCAUCCGUGGAGGUGGACGCGCGCAAGCCGUGAACUGAUUAAAUAUUUAAAUAAACUUACAUUGUAAUUAUAAAUUGAUUGGUUACCAGGUGCUUUAGGCAGGGUAAAGUUCAGUUCUUCGGCUUUUCUCUUCAACCACUUUCUCGAUCGUUGCAACUGUUUACAAAUUAACAUUCC